AUGCCUAGCGUAGUCCUUCCACCUAUUGCUCAUUAUGUUCCGGCCUCACCGACCAAGGAACCCUAUUUAUCGAAGGCAGACACCUAUGAAGGGCGUGUUGAGCUUGCAGCCCAACUCCGGGACGCGAUGCACACACAUGGCUUCUUCUACGUGAUCAACCAUGGACUCACUCAAGCUGAGAACGAACGUAUCUUCGACAUCGCCGAUGUACCCUUCUCGGCAGUAUCGGACGAGGAAAAGAAGGCCUACGUCGCCAAGAUCAAGGAAACGGGCUCGUGGCAGGGAUACAAACUCAAGCAAUAUUGGCACAUCAACGCUGGAGUUCAUGAUCAAAUUGAGCAUUACAACAUCAACAACGACGUCACGAGGAGGCAGCACCCGCAAGCGGUGCGACCUUUGAUCCCUGAAAUAGAGGCGUUUGUGAAGUUCAACCACUUCAACAUCUUACAUCCCCUCCUUCGGCUGUUCGCGCUCGGACUGGAGCUCCCCGAAGAAACAUUCGUCAACGUUCACAAAUUCAAACCGGCGAGUGAAACGUUUGACUUCGGGAGUGUCAGCAUCCUGUGGAGUCAGCCCGUCGCUUCCCUACAAAUCAUGUAUCCCGACGGCAGUUGGCGGAACAUCAAGCACAUAGACAACGCCCUGGUGGUCAACGCGGGCGACGCCUUGGAGUUCCUCUCCGGCGGCUUCUACAAGGGCACCAUCCAUCGUCGGGGCUACACCCGUCUCGGCAUCUUCUACUUCGCACUGCCUGACGAUGACACCAAGCUCGUGCCGUUCGCGGAGAGCCCGGUCCUGCAGAGGGUCGGCAUACAGCGGCGCUGGGCGGACGCCGACGCGCCUACCUCGCGGGAGUGGGACGGAGAGAGGACGCGUGCGUACGGACAGUCCGAGCUGAAGGUCAGGGAGAAGGGCGUCGAGGAAGAGAUCAUUAACGGCGUCGUGGUGAAGCACUGGAAUUAG